AUGUCCGAAAACGCCGUCGACUCAACAAUCAUUACGGAGACUCGGUCGACCCGGACCAAAUUCCGUGCACUACUAUGCUACGUUAAUGCCGAUAUUGAUACUUGGCUUCCAGACACGCACCAAACUGUCAAGAAAUGGAUUAUGCGCCAGUAUGAAGAUCAGAAGGAGAAGGUCAAGCAGCGCAUUCAGUCGGCAAAGUUGAGGAUUCAUAUCAGCUGCGAUCUCUGGACCUCUCCCAACUCCCUGGCAAUCUUGGGCGUAGUUGCUCACUAUGUAACGGAAGACGGCAAGCUAGAACACCGUACUUUGGCCCUAAAGGACAUCGACGGUGAGCAUGAUGGUUCUCAUCUCGCUGCGGCAAUUAUGGAAGUGGUUGAAGAUUGGGGCUUUGCUUCUAAGUUGGCCCUUCUACGCCAAUUUGACAUUCAAUAUGAUUCCAAAUCUCACCGACUCCGCUGCCAAGGUCAUGUUAUCAACCUAGCCGCCAAGUCCUUCCUCUUCGUUACCGAUAACGAGAAGCUCGAACACGAAGAUUCCGGUCUGCACAAUGUGACACUGAAACAGAUUGAGGCGUGGCGGCGGAAAGGCCCACGUGGUAAGCUUCACAACUUUGCCGUUUACAUUCAGCGAAGUGUUCAGCGCAGCCAGAAGUUUAUGGCUAUUAGCCAUAACCGCAGGCUUGCGCGAGACAACGACACAAGAUGGAAUUCGUGGUAUACCAUGCUGCGAGCGGCCUUGAAUCUUAGAGAAGCAAUUGAUGGCUAUUUCAACAAAUGGGUAGAAGCAGAUUGCGCUGGAGACAGGCUUUCUGCAGAGGACUGGACCAUCCUCGAGAAGAUCGAAUCUUUUUUAGAGAAGCUCAAACUGACGACCAAGGCUCUGGAGUCAUCGUUUGCAACUCUCGACCAUGUUCUGCUGGCUAUGGACUUUGUGUUGGCACAAUUCGAAGCAGGAAAAGAGGCAUAUACUGACGAUCCGAUCAUGGCACCAAUGUAUAACUCGGGCUGGGCGAAAUUGGAUAAGUACUAUCGCCUUACUGACGAAUCGCCUGCCUAUGUCGCAGCUAUAGUUCUUCAUCCCUCGCAUAAAUGGCAUUAA